GACACCUUGCUUGCGCCCACACACAUUUGGCCUUCCUGGCUUACCUUCCAGCUGGAUGCAUCACGUCCCGGGCAACUUGCAACUUUUUUUUUGGUUGCAGCUUUAAGUUGAUGCAUCAGUCGCGUCCUGCAGCUCCUGCAGGUCUUGCAGAUCUUGCAGGUCCUGCAGCUCCUGCAGAUCUUGCAGCUCCUGCAGGUCUUGCAGGUCUGUGCCGCGUCACGGAUCAUCUGUAUGUCAGUAAUGCCCGAGCGGCCACAGACUGCUCUCAGCUGACCCGGUGCAACAUCACCUGCAUCGUGAACGUCACCGAGACCAGCCGCCAUCCUCCUCCCGGUGUGGAGUACGUGCACAUCCCGGUGUCCGACACCCCGGCGUCUCCUCUCGGCGAUCACUUUGACGAGGUGGCGGAUAAAAUCGAGCUGACCGCCGGGCGCGGAGGACGCACACUGGUGCACUGCAACGCCGGCGUGAGCCGCUCCGUCGCCCUGUGCGUGGCAUACCUGAUGAAGCACCGCGGGGUGACUCUCCUGGAGGCCCACAGGUGGGUGAAGACCUGUCGACCCAUGGCCAGGCCGAAUGAGGGCUUCUGGAAACAGCUGGUCCGGUAUGAGAUGGAGCUCCGCGGGUGCAACUCCGUCCGCAUGGUGUCCUCCUCCAUGGGGGAGAUCCCUGACAUUUAUGAGGAGGAGAGCAGGAACAUGAUGCCACUAUGACACUGGGACAUGUGUGCAUUUAUGUACUGUCACAUGCAUAAAGGCUUAAUGUGCUUUAUUAUGGAAAACACACCUAUUUAUCAGAUUUCCUCACCAGAGUCAGCUGGUUAAAGAUAAAGGUUGUUAUUGAUGAAACUGGUGGUUUCCACUUGUGGCCCCUUACAAAAGGGGAAGUGUCUAGUCAGGGGCCCCUUGAGUUGUUUGAGUCAUUUCCUCUCUGGAUUUUUCAUAUUUCACAAUGAAGCACAGAGUACGUUGGAAAAAGCUGCAGCUGGACUCGGGUUGUGAGCCUGUGAAGAUCUGGGCACCUCUCGUCCAGGCUUCUUCAGUCCUGAACCGGCUGCUGGGGAAAUAGUUUCCACUUGUUAACUGAUACGUACACGUUUACUGGUGGGAUGAUUCAGACUGCAUCCGGCCUCUGUGGUGUGGAAACAGGUUCCUCACAUUCAUUUGAAUAAAGUCACUGGUUAGAUUUGGUUUUGGUUAGAUGGAAGAAUGGCUGGUUUAUGGAAAAUAAGAUUUGAAUGCUGACCUUUAAAUAAAAUACUUUUUUUUUUUUAAUCAGUUGCUUCCUUGUUGGGAUGUCAUGAACUUAUAAAUAUAAAUCUAUUAAUGCCAUAAAUAAUGAGCCAUAAAUGCUAUUUCUUUCUCUAUCUAUCUAUCUAUCUAUCUAUCUAUCUAUCUAUCUAUCUAUCUAUCUAUCUAUCUAUCUAUCUAUAAUUAGCAUUUAUGGCUCAUUAUGUACGGCAUUAAUAGAUUUAUAUUUAUAAGUUCAUUUAUAAGUUAUAUAUUUUUUUUUUUUUUGGAUUUUGCUGAUAUGUUUUUUUUAAAGGAUUUGAAAGCACAUUGCUCUAUUGGUAUUUUUAAAUCAGUUCAUAUGACUGGUGAUGCAGUUAUUUCACAAUCGACAUGACGUUAUUUCAUGACAUGAGACAGUAAACACAGGUGUUACCAAUGACACUGAUAAUUAAGGGUCAGCGUGCUGUACAUGGUGCAUGUUCGUGAUAAAAUGGCAGCUGUGAAAAAGGUCAGUGGUUUAAAAUGUCAGUGUUGUAACUGUAAAUGUGGUUUGGCUUUCAGUACCAUGGAAACAAACAGCAACAACAACAAAAAAGAAGUUUGACUUCCUUCUUUCGGUUUUAAAUUCCCACAGUGUUGUGAAAUGAAUUUGUGACAGGUUAUAAAUCGUGACAGUGAAGGCAGUCCAACAAACACAUUUGAGGCUAGAAAAUACAAAAAGCUUUUAUUUUAGAAUCGAUGCUCCUCUCGUGCAGUCAUACAUUUGAAGGUUCAGGAUGUUUUUUUUUUCUUUGUGUGUACAGACAAAAAAGUUAUUGAGCCAUGUAGUCAAACAUCUCCAAAACAUGCAAAUUUCAUGCCACUCUCAGUCAGACUGUACGAAAGAACGACUCUCUGACAUUUUCUAACCGAUUCUGGUGCUCGUGUCAUUCCUGAAAAUAGCCAUGUGUUGUUUUAUUUAUUUAUAAAAACCUCGAAUUUUAUUUGCAGAUUUCACAAUAAAAAAAAAAAAAAAAAUUGGAAACAGAAUACGGACUCUGAUUCAGCCAUGAAACAAUUGGGUAACAUUAGCUUUCCUUCCAAACGAGUGGAAAUAGUGUGUUAAUUCAGAAGACAGGCACAAUACAAGAAUCACAGAAUCACAGUAAUAUUUCAGAAUUUGGCACAAGUCUGUCAUCUCUGAACAUCAACACACACACACACACACACACACACACACACACACUCUGCAGGAGUGAUUUAAUCUAAUAUAUUAGUGGUCAACCUAUCCCUAGACACCCCCCCGCCCACAAUAGUGCAGUCACAACAGUCAAAACAACACAGCUGUUGGCCAAUUUUCUUCUUACAAAACCGUUUUCAGCUUAAAACAACAUUUCAGACCGGAAUCUCAAAGCAAAGCAACACGAAGCACAAACUAGAAAAGUUCCAACACAAACAGGAAUACUGAAACUGGCCACGGAUGCGUUGGGCGAUCAUACCAGGUGAACCAGACAACGGACAGUUUAACAACACGAGUCACACCACACCAACUGUUUUGCAUCGACAGUGAGUGUGGAUACAGAAAGAAGCAUUUACGCGUACGCCCAACACCCUGACAUCAGUUGUUCAGCUGUUUAUUUGCUUUUGGAACGACUCGUCCGACAUUAUGGAAAUUUUUUUUUUGGUCUAGCCUUAGCACGACAUGCCCACACCCACGACAGUAAAAAAA